AAAUUUCAUAUGAUGAUGAUAACAUAGAUAAGAUGAUAACCUAAAAUAUGCAGAAAAAGAAAUAUGAUCAAGAAAAAUACAAUCCUUGCUUAAAAGAAGCAAACAUAUCUUAUAAAUGUUUAAGUGAUAAUGGUUACGAUAAAGAUAAGUGUGAAUUACAAAUCGAAAACUAUAACCUUUGUAAAAAGUUUUGGGGUUUUAUAAAAACUGAUAGGCGAAAGAAUGGCAUUAAACCUUAUCUGCCCGAUCCACAGGAUAGAGAAGCAAUUAAAUCACAAUAUAUAGAUGCUUUUUUGAGGCAAAACACAAAAAUGUAGUAAAAGAGUCCUUACUGAUCUGAAAUGCAUUCGUUUUUGUUUGUGAUACCUUCACCACCAAAAACAAAAUGAUGCAUAUUUAUUAAUGUACAUAGUGUAUUUAGAGAAAUCUUAGCUUGUUGAAACAAUUAAAUAGCUUAUAAUAAAUAAAAAUAAGUCUAUUAGGCAGUCAUAUUUAUUUUUACCACACAAGUACAAAGAGUAUUGACAAAUUGUCUGUAUAAAAACAGUACCAUUUCAAUCUUGGUAGUGAUGUGAUUAAUAUAACAAUCAAAAGAACAAGGAAACAAUUUAACUAUUUUUAUUUAUGAUACUAUAAAGCUUAUUAUUUCAUGUAUAGAAAAUUUACCUAGAAAAUGCUUAACUGUAGCUAAUAUUUUCAAUUGAGAAAAAAAUUAUAAGCUGUGAGAUCCUUUAAAUGACCAGGAUCAAUAAAAGUAUGAAAAUGGCCCUUAUAACAGUAAGUUCAAUAAAUUUUUCUAAAAAACAUUUUUUUAUGAUUCUUUACACAUACUAUAAUUAUAACAUUAAACAAAAUUAUUUUGGUGGGCAAAUUUAGUCAUUUUUUUUAUUCUGCCAUUUAAAGAAUCUACAACCAAUGGAAUGAUCUUAAUGGUAUGAAUUAUUAGAAUAUAAGAAACAACAAAAAAUUUAGCAGAAGAUUUAGGGAACUUAUUAAAUUCGCUGUUUUUGUGGAGGGGGCAUUUUCAAACUCUUAUCGACUCUAGUAAAUGAAUAUCGCAAUUCGGCAAUGCACCUUUUAAAUAUAUUGUACUAUGGCUUUCCAAACACAUAUGUAUGGAUAUAUGCUCACUACAGUGUAUAAUAAUUUGUAAAACUAAAUUAAAUGCAUAUUCAUAAUUGUUAUUCACAUUUACUUAUUGCGCCUAAACAUUUAACACAUGUUAUUACACAGUUUAUGAAACGAU